AUGGGUAAAAGAAAUUUUAGAAAAAGUAAAGGAGACAGGAAAAGUUUUGGUAAAAGAGCCGAGACUGGAGGAGUAGAUGAUAGAGGACAAAGUUGGAAUGAAGCCGUAAGAGAAAGUGAAAAAUGGGAAAAAUAUUAUAAGACUUUACAAGUUAUUCCAGAAGAUGAAUGGGAUACAUUUAAGAGUGCAUGUCAAGAUACACUUCCAUUAACAUUUAGAAUUACUGGCUCCAGAGCUCAUGCCAAUGAAAUCAAAGAUAAAUUUAUUAAAGAUCAUGUAUCUAAAUUAAAGGAUGUUGAAUUUGAAGGUGUUAAAUUAACUCCCAAGAAUUUAGCUUAUUAUCCUAAUAAUUUAGGUUGGCAAUUAGAUGUUUCAAAAGCUGUUAUUAGAAAACAAAAGGAAUUUGCUAAGACUCAACGUUUUUUAGUUAUUGAAACUGAAGUUGGUAAUAUAUCAAGACAAGAAGCUGUAUCUAUGAUUCCUCCAUUAUUAAUGGAUAUUAAACCUCAUCAUGCAGUUUUAGAUAUGUGUGCUGCUCCUGGUUCAAAAACUGCUCAAUUGGUUGAAGCUUUACAUGCUGAUGAUGAUAAACAAUUACCAACUGGAUUUGUUAUUGCAAAUGAUUCAGAUUAUAAAAGAUCUCAUAUGUUAGUUCAUCAAGUUAAAAGAUUAAAUUCUCCAAAUUUUAUGGUAGUUAAUCAUGAUGCAACUUUAUUUCCAAGAAUUAAAUUAAAUAAUGCUAGUGAAUUCUUAAAAUAUGAUAGAAUUUUAUGUGAUGUUCCAUGUUCUGGUGAUGGUACCAUGAGAAAGAAUGUUAAUGUAUGGAAAGAUUUUACUGUAGGUAAUGCAUUAGGUUUACAUCCUUUACAAAUUAAUAUUUUAAAUAGAGGUUUACAAUUAUUAAAGAAAGGUGGUAGAUUAGUUUAUUCAACUUGUUCAAUGUCUCCUGUUGAAAAUGAAGCUGUUGUAGCUGCUGCAUUAAGAAAAUGGGGUGAACAAAUUAAAGUAGUUAAUUGUGAUAAUGAAUUAGAAGGUUUAGUAAGACGUAAUGGUAUAAGUAAUUGGAAAGUUCUUGGAAAAGAUAUGGAAUUAAGAGAAAAAGGUGCUACUGAUAUUCCAGAAUCUGCAUUCCCGCCAACUGAAGAAGAAGCUAAAAGAUUUAAUUUACAAAAUUGUAUUAGAGUUUAUCCUCAUUUACAAAAUACUGGAGGUUUCUUUAUUACUGUUUUUGAAAAAUUAGAUCCAGAAUCUACUAAAAGAAGUAUUGAAGAAAAUGGUGAAGAAAAUAUUUCUAAGAAGGCUAAAGUUGAAACUACAACUACAACUACAACUACAAGUAAUACUGAAGUUCAACAUAAACCUCAAAAGAAAGAUAAAUUACCAAGAGAUGCUAAUGAAGAACCAUUUAUAUUUUUAGAUCCUAAACAUCCUGAACUUGAAAAAUGUUGGCCAUUUUACGAUUUUAAAGAUAGUUUUGCCAAGAAUUCUACUUUAGUUAGAAAUGCUACUGGUGAACCAUUAAGAACUAUUUAUUAUGUUGCCCCAAUUAUAAGAGAAAUUCUUACUAUGGAUGAUCAAAAACUUAAAGUUAUUCAAUCAGGUAUUAAAUUAUUUGUAUCUCAACGUAAUGAUACUGGUAAUUGUCCAUGGAGAGUUCAAAAUGAAUCUUUACAUACUAUUAGAUCUUUCUUAGGUGAUAGAAGACAAAUUACAUGUAAUAUGAAAUUAUUAGAAGUUUUAUUUCAAGAAGCUUUCCCUAAGAUUAACGAUUUAAAACAAGCCCAAAUUGAUCCAGAAUUUUCUGAAAGAUUAGAAGGAAUGGAAGAAGGUUGUUUAUUCUUAACUGUUAAAAGAGAUGAAGGAUUUGAAGAUUUAUUCUUACCUUUAUGGAAGGGAAAAUCUAAUGUUAAUUUAAUGGUUAAUAAGAAAGAUACUCAUGAAUUACUUUAUAGAGUAUUUGAUAUUGAAACUUCUGCCAAAGAUCAAGGUAAAGAGGCUAUUUAUCAAAAGAAGGUUGAAGCCGAAAAGAAGGCUAGAGAAACUCCUGAUACUGAAGUUGAAUCCGGUGUUACACCAUCUGUUACAGAAAGUCCUGAAGCUUAG